AUGGGCUGUGUAUCUUCAAAACUCUACAGGAAGGACCUCCAGAGGGACAUUAUCGUCAACAAUGGCGGCGAGUAUCUCAACCACGUCGUUUCGCUCACAUCCAGCACUUACGGCGUUCUCAAUCUCAACGCUGAUCUGGAUACGAAGGAGUUAGUUUCAGAGCCGACGAAGAAGAAGUCGCCUUCUCGCGAGAAACCAGAAGUGAUUAACGCUUGGGAGCUAAUGGACGGCUUGGAAGAAGGAAUUCCGAUUGGAAAUCGGGGCAAAAACAGCCCUAAGCCAGGAGUUUUUCUUCGCAGAUUGACGGAUUUGGAUCGAAGAAGUCCGUUGAAGUUCUUUAAUCAAAUCGGCACUCCAAAGAAGGCGAUGAGAUUCGGUGGAAAGGAGAAUCGCGACCGAGUAAAUGGCGUCGGGCGAUUGGAUUACAGUCCGAAAGAGAUUCUAAAAGUGAAUAAUUCGGCAAGAAUAUCCCCCAAAUCGGUCCUGAAAUUGAGUGUUCCUGUGAAGAAUACGCCGACUUCGGCGAGAAGGCAGAGUUUCGGAAGCGAUUCGGGACUUUUAUCGGCUCGAAGAAGGAGUUUGAGUCCAAUGUUCGAUCCAGAGCUCGUAGCGUCAUACGAGAAACAAUUAACCGAAGAAGGAGAACAGAUCAAGAGAAUAGUUUCAGAGACGCCGAAAUCUAGGGCGGCGAGACAUUUUCAAGAAUCGGAAACCGCCUUAAAACAGUUCGAGGAACGGUGCCCGCCCGGCGGCGAAACCGCCGUUGUGAUCUACACAACAACGCUUCGAGGAAUCAGAAAAACAUUCGAAGACUGUAACAAGGUUCGGUCAAUGGUUGAAUCGUACGGCAUUCAGUUGCUGGAGCGAGACGUAUCGAUGGAUUCUGGUUUCAAAGAGGAGUUGAGGGCGUUAAUGGGGAGCAAGGAUGUGAAAGUUCCAGCGGUUUUUGUGAAGGGGAGGCUAAUCGGAGGGGCGGAUGAGGUGGUGAAAUUGGAGGAGGAAGGCAAAUUGGGGCUCCUGUUUGAGGGGAUUCCGACGGCGACCGGCGGCAGUUGUGAAGGAUGCGGCGGCGUGAGAUUUGUAAUGUGUGUGGACUGCAAUGGAAGCUGUAAGGUUUUGGAUCAGACGAAGAAGAAGACGAUCAAAUGUGGUGAGUGUAAUGAGAAUGGUUUGAUUCAGUGUCCCAUUUGUUCUUGA